AUGAGGCAUAUGCUGAGCAAUGAACACAUCAAGAAUAACCUGACUAAAGCGCAAGUUGUUGAAGCUGUCAUGGCGUCUGCAACACUUCAUAUUAAGAAAUAUGUUGUGGGUUUUAUCACUUUCAUUACUCGAUGGUGUCCAUCCACGCACACGGACAUAUGCAGAUGGGGAGAGAUGACCAUUACUUUGGAAAGCGUAGCCACUUUGUUGAGUCUUCCAGUUGCGGGAAAUAUUCACUUUGAGUUGUCUGCUGAAGAAGAGGUGAUGUUUGACUCUCUAGUUAAGAAGGCGAAGGGAUAUAAUCAGAAGGAAUGUGAUGAAAAAUAUUUUUAUACUUGGUGGGUGUCUGAAUGGUUUCCUAUGCAACCGAAAGCAGGCCAGGUGUUGGAUGAUGUACUCAGCGUUGCCGCGUUUUUAUCACUGUGUCUGUCCAGAGACGUUUUUAAUGAUGGCCCUGGUAAGAAGACUAUCAGACAGAAACUCGUCAUGUUUGUUAUUAAGCUGGCGCAAGGCGUAGUCCUUCCCCUAGGUAGUUUGUUCCUUGGGUCUUUGUACUCUCAUCUGGAUUCCUUGGCAGCGAACAUGUAUGCUUCCAACAGAUAUAUGAAGGUGGAGUCGCAUAUUCAUAUUGCUUUUCUCCAAGCAUGCUUAUGGGAGCAAUUCAAAGGUUAUGCUCAUGUCCCUGCGGUUUCGUUCUCUAGUUUGUAUGGAGGUUCCAGAAUACUCCGUUGGUGGAAGAGGCGUCCAAAUCCUGGGUUGAAGCUCAUCGAUUUCUUCGAUAAUGUGCACGCCAUAGAUUUUCGCCCGUGGGAACCAGUUCAUUCUUCCAUGGUUCAGCCGAAUACCUUUGUCGUUGUUUCUGAUACGAUGUUGCACAUGUAG